AUGGCAGCUCCCUCAAAGCAUCUCCGUGUCGGUGUCGUCGGGGCAGGAGAAGUCGCCCAGGUCGUCCAUUUACCAAAUCUAUCGCUCCUGAGUCAUCUCUUCACCGCGACUGUCGUUUGCGAUCUAUCAUUGGAGACCGCAAAACACUGCGCCCAAAAAUUCCACAUUCCAACCGCAAGCGCCGAUAUCCAAGAUGUCGUCACAAGCGCCCAAGUCGACGUGGUCUUCAUCCUCACAUCUGAUGAAUUCCACGAACCAUACAUCAUCGCUGCACUCGAAGCCGGCAAACACGUCAUGGUCGAAAAACCCUUGACCUUGUCUGUUGCCUCUGCCGAGAGAAUCCUCGCCGCAGAGUCCAAAGCCAACGGACCGAUCGUCUUCGUCGGAUAUAUGCGGCGUUACGCCGCGUCCUUUGUCGAGACAUUCAAGCGCGAGGUUGCUGGAAUUCCACGAAUUCUGUAUGCUCGCUCAAGGGAUUUUCCGGGACCAAAUGCGAAGUUCGUGAGCGAGUCGGGGACGUUCGUGCGCAAGAGCAGUGAUUUUCCUCCGGGGGCAAAGGAAGAUAGUGAGAAACGGCUCGAUGCGUUUUUCAAGGAAUGUUUCCCAGAUCACGAGAUCACGCCGGCGAGAGCCAAGUUUUGCCGUUUCAUGAAUACCCUCGGUUCACAUGAUAUCUCGCUGAUGAGGGAGGUCAUUGGGUCGCCGGAGAGCGUCGGGGGAGUUUCCGUCAACGACCCUUUUUACUCGGCGAUUUUCAACUAUCGAAACAAGACCGGUGAGCCUUUCGCUGUGACGUAUGAAUCUGGCUUGGACAUGGUGCCGGAGUUCGACGCGCACUUCGCGGUUUAUGGUGAGAAGAAGCGCGUGCUCAUCAAGUAUGAUACGCCAUACGUGAAGGGUCUGGCGAUAAAGGUUACAGUCCAGGAGGUUAGUGAGGCAGGCGAGGUUGUCUCCCGAGAAAUCAUCGCUUCGUAUGAAGAUGCGUAUACGAUCGAGCUGCAAGAGUUGUAUGAGAACAUUGUGAAUGGAAAGCAGGUCAAGACGACGGCUCGGGACGCCUUGGAGGAUCUGAAGCUCUAUGACUUGAUGUAUCAGAAGUACAAUGCGGAUCAAAAGUCGUGA